AUGUUUUCCGCGACAAAACUCCAAGUGGCAACAUAUCUCCUAGGAGUUUGUCCCUUCUCAAUUGCAUUCCUGGUCUUCCUGAACUCAUCUGUCUCAUUCGUCAUAACCGACCUGAUCGGACAAGACAAAGGCGUCGGAAAUGCUGUUGGCAACUUAGGAUUUGCUGAUGAGCUUCUUGCUCUUGUCGCUUGCCCGCUGUGGGGCCUCCUCUCCGACCGGAUCGGAGUUCGCUAUGUCUGCGUAAUUGGCUACGCGAUCAUUGCCCUCGCACUUGCUUUAUUUGUGCAAGCACUCAAUGUCUACCCUCAACUACUCUUCGGCCGCCUUCUCUUCAGCUUAGGUGGCGCGGCGGCCUCGACCAUGGUGACAGCUGUCUUACCCGCAGUAUCGUCUCACGAAAAGGCGCAUGUAGGACGAGGCACCAACAACGAUCGCAAUCAUGCCACUUCUCCAUCAAUCACCUCCGACCUGACAAUCACGCCUGCUCGAUUUCGUACCAAUACCUCCAGCACAACAAAGACACGGACAACCAGCCGGUCAGCGUAUGCCUCUACUUCUCGCGUAGCCGGGUUCGUUGGCAUGUUCACCGGUUGUGGAGCUCUCAUAGCCUUGCUUCUGUUCCUUCCACUUCCUGCCCGGUUCCAACACGCUGGUAUUGAUCCCGCCAGGGCGCUCAAACACGCAUUCUACAUUGUGGCCAUUGUCGCCUUGAUUCUGGCUGUGUGGUGUUUCAUUGGCCUGCGCAAUCUCGCAUAUGAGCAGUCCGCCUCCACUACCAAGAAGGCUCCUUCCACCUAUCCAGAACAACUACGACAGCUAGCGACUAACCUCAAAGUUGCCCUACGCGCCGGCUUUCGUCGAAAGGACAUCGCUCUAGGCUACCUUGGAGGCUUCGUUGCGCGAGCAUCGUCUGUAGGCAUCAGUCUAUUCAUUCCAUUACUUGUUAACGCCCUAUUCCUCGAUUCAGACCUGUGUCAGUCGGAAAGCACCUUGGCUGAGACUCCAGGUGGAUUGCCGGAUCUUAAGCGGAAAUGUCCUCGCGCAUACGUGGUCGCGGCCAGCAUGACUGGCGUGUGCGAGACGGUAGCAUUAAUCGCGGCACCAGCUUUUGGGUAUCUGAGCACGAGAACAAGACGCAGGGGUCUGCCGCUGAUGGUCGCAGCAGCGACGGGCGUCGUUGGCUACCCGCUCUUCGCUAUGCAGUUCGACCCUGACGACACUAAAAAGGGUGCGCGAGUCGCCGCUUUCAUCGGAGUCUGCUUAAUUGGCAUAAGUCAGAUUGGAGCAAUUGUCUGUAGCCUGGGUGUAUUGAGCGCUGGUGUGCUCAGAGAGGCGUCAGAAGCAAGACAUGCGAGCGCUGCAGACGGGCAUAAUGCAGGAACACAUGGGCCAUCAGACCCCAGCGAAGGCACAUAUGGAGAACGUGAUGCCUUGCUAGGGCACGUCGACCCGGAAGCCACAGAGAGCGCCCACAUACGAAAGCCUAGUGCGGAGCUGUCUCUGGCGCAGCUCAAGGGUUCAGUGGCUGGCAUUUACAGCUUCUAUGGAGGUGCAGCAAUUCUGGUUCUCACCAAAGUGGGUGGCCUGCUGUUCGAUAAAGUGGACGUUGGAAGCCCGUUCUACAUCAUGGCCGCAUUCAACGGCGUGCUUCUCGUUGCCUGCGUUGGUAUCGGAAUGGCAAAGGAAGAAGAGUAG